GUCUGUUCGCUUCAAUCCGGUUGCCGCCGCUCGGGCGAUCGGUCGUCACUCGUCGUUCGUGCGGAUGGUAGUUUUGUGAUUACGGAUUAGUCGACCUUACCAUGUCGGAGGAUAUUCUGGAAGUCAUCGAUAGUCGGCUUAUGAAACCAUAUAAGUACCCGAGAAUCGUGUACAAAGGGUAUCUGUUUCAUUACCACAAGUCAUGCAACCAUCACAUCCGAUGGAAAUGUAACCGCGUUUAUUCCAUGAACUGCCAGGCCGUUCUUCGAACGUCAUUAGAUGUGGAAAGACCAAAACUCAUUCAAUUCGAUCACGAACAUCAACACGAGGACGACACUGACUCAAUUUUUGAAUUGAAAAUGAAAAUAAUGGCACACCGUAAUACGUCCAAGUUCCAGAAUAAUACCAUGUUUAAAUCGAAGAAUGGUCUUAUUGAACUUAAAAUUGCUGUAGAGGAUAUACCUGCGAACUUUAAAAUGCUUAAACCGAAGAAUGGUUAUGCUGACAUUAAUGUUGAUGAAGAAGAUAAACCUAAUAAACUUGUUACAUUUUGUGCUUCUUAUGAUCAACAUUUUUUUGUUCAGCCACUUGAUCCUGAUUACGAACAUAGAUACACAGGUGAACGUGAACAAAUAAUCAAAAAUAAAAACAUAAAUAAAAGUGUCGAUAUUGAAAGUCCAAAAAUUAGAAUUACAAGAAAUACAAGUAAACAAAAAAAAGAUUCUGGUCCUGAUUACGAACAUACAUACACAGGUGAACAUGAACAAAUAAUCAAAAAUAAAAACAUAAAUAAAAGUGUCGAUAUUGAAAGUCCAAAAAUUAGAAUUACAAGAAAUACAAGUAAACAAAAAAAAGAUUCUGGUCCUGAUUACGAACAUAGAUACACAGGUGAACAUGAACAAAUAAUCAAAAAUAAAAACAUAAAUAAAAGUGUCGAUAUUGAAAGUCCAAAAAUUAGAAUUACAAGAAAUACAAGUAAACAAAAAAAAAUUGACAUGAAUAAUUUGGAAAAUGACAUAACAGAGAAUAGUAUAAGGUGUUCUUCUUUCAAUGACAAGAUCAAAAAGUUUAACAAAGGUCAUGAGAAAAAAUUGCGAAAAAAACAAAACUUGAUUGUCAGUAAGAAGAAGAAAAAUCAUGAACAAAUGAAUGAAUGUACUUUGCUUACAAAGACAGAUACAGAAAAAAAUGCUUCGAAUACUAACACAGACAAAAAAAUAAAUAAUAAGACUAUUAAUACAAGCGAUGAAAAAAAAUCUUUGAUUUGUAUUAUAAACAAAAAUAAUAAUACUUUGACUUGUAGUAAUACAUAUGAAGAAAUAAAUCUAUCAACUAGUAUUACUCAUAAAAAAACAAAUACAUUGACUACUAAUAUUUUGACUAGCAAUGAACAUAACAAAAUAAAUAUGUUAACUACUAAUAAUAAAACAAGCAAAGAAAAAAAUGCAUUUCUUAGUAAUAAAAACAAGGAUGAAAGUACUUUCACUGGUACUAAUACACCUACAAUUGUAACAUCUAAAAUUAAUAUUACACCUUCAAUUAAAAGCUGUAUGAACAAGCGUAUUGGUGUUGAGGAUGAUAUUAGAAAUAUUGACAACGAUAGCGAUCAAAAUCAUACAGACCAUCGUGAUGGAGAGCCUAAUUAUGUUAAUUCGGUGAAAGAUAAUACGAUAUCUAUUUAUUGUAAAGAAAAUUGGCCUACAAUUUUAGACAAAUUGAGUGAUCCUUUGAAAGGAAUUAAGGUGUUUGAAAGUAUUUUAUUUAACAAAGCGUGUACACUAAUGAUGCGUCAAUCUACUAAAAAUAAAUUACAUAUUGAUAAAAUAAAAGGCCUUAACGUUAAUUGGAAAUUGAAGUUUGAAUGCUUGGCAUUUAAAAUGAAAAAAAUUAUAGAAAGUACAAAAUGUUAUACAAAUACAAGACAUACCGGUAUUCAAAAUCAAAAUAAAAUGGAUAUAACAUUAUCUAUAAAUAUUGGAGUUGGAGAGAAAGAAAACAAUUCGGGCGUAAACAAAAUAGAUAUUAAGACAACUAAACACAAAGAAAUCCAAACAAAUAUACCUUCUACACCGGUGAUAGCAGAUUUGAUUAAGAAUAUUCCACUAAGUACAACAGUUUCAAUAUUAAGCCCGAAAUCGGUGAAAAUUAACAAAAGAAAUUUAACCGAAUCUGACCCAUGUAUUACAAGAACUAAAGCUAAAAUAAAAAAAACUCAACAUUCUUCUAUUCCAAAUUUUGAUCAUAUGAAUGUACAUAUUCCUCCAGAUACAACAGCUUUAAGAAUAAGUCCAAAAUCAUUUUAUACUAAACAAAACAAUUUAACUCAAUUUGACUCUGGUAUUAAGAUGACCCAAUCUAAAACGAUUGAGUCUAAUGAACAGUCUACUUUAGUGUCUACGAAUGUAUGUCGAAAUCCACAAAAUUCAACUCAAUAUGACCAAGAAAUUGAAAUAUCUGUAAACUAUCCACAGGCUAUAACAACUUCAGGAUUAUGCAAUUAUUCGUUAAGUAAUCAAAAAACAAUUUCGACACAACAUAACACAGAUAUCAAGAAAACUAAAUCAAAAAUAAUGGAGUCUACUCCUGCGUACAUUGAUUUAACUGUAAACAGCCCACCAGAUAUGAGAAAUUCAAGUGUAAGCCCAAAUAUGUUAAAUGGUCAAUCAAGUUUGACUCAAUGUAAUACUCAACUUGAGUGUAAUGAACCUUCUACUUCAGCAUCCAUUGAUUUACCUGUAAAUAAUAUAUUCACUCAAUAUAAUAAUGGUAUUAAGGUGAUUUCAUCUCCUUCAAUGUCCACUGAUUUAAGUAGUAAUAGUCCAACAUUUUCAAGUCCAUCUCUGAGGGCAAUUAUUCCGAACGGUAAUCCUGCUUUGCUUGGCCAACAAAAUGUAGAGGUACUUGUGGUUCAGAAAGAUUCACAACUUUCGACAAUGAAAUCAAAUAGAAUAAAACAAGCACAUUGGAAGAGCCCUAAAAACUUGACAAUGUUUACACAAAGUACUAUGUUACAUGAAAAUGCUUGUCUUCCAGUUGCAGUAAAACGAGCAUUAAAACCUAAAUUGUCUCCACAGUCAUCCAAUGUUCAAAAAGCAGCAUACAAGACCGACUAGUACAAUUCUAUAACUGAAUAAAAUAAAUACAUUAAAUACACCCACCAAUAAUCAAAUAAACGCACCAUUACCUGAUGAUCACCUUUUUCGGGAAUCGAAUAAUUCAACAGUGUAACACUAUCCACGAGACCACGACGUAUAAAACAUACAUUAUAAUACACGACACUGACUAUCGUCUGUUUAUUUAUAGAUAUUUUAACUUUCUGGGGAAGUUUUGAUGAAUAGGUACGCCAUUUAUCAUGUAAACAUUGACAUUGUUAUAAAUACAUUUUUAUUACUGAUUAUCGAUCAAUAAACAAUAAUUAUCCAGGAUUCUCGGUGUUAUGGCUUCAAUUACGCAAUAAACCGAUUGCACCCAAUUAAAAACUCGAAAGACCCAUGUUGACAUUACCAGAAGGUAUUUAAAAAAAAUCGAUAGGACCCUUAGGAACGAGAAAAUGUGGCGUGAUCGAUCUCAAGUAGAUAUAUUAAUAUAUUCAACUAACCUAAACAACUAUUUUUCAUCCAUUUUU